AUGCCUAAGAAACUCCCGACCCCGCUGGGCCAUCUGGCUGGAUUUUUCUCGAAGAAGGAGUCUAACCAGUUGCCUCCUCUCCGCGGCCCAGGGAGGGACAUGAAGAUCUACCUGACCAAGCCAUUGCCAGAGCGUUCGAGAGGUGUCUACCGCAACCCACAUCAUCUAGACGAACUACUCCGAAAGACGAUUCAAGAUUACCUGGACAAGGGUUUCAUCGAGAGCUGCUGGCCUGGAUUUGCCUCACCAGCCUUCUUUGUGCCCAAGGGUGACAUGGGCAUGGAUUGGAGAUUCGUGAUCGACUACCGGGACCUCAACGACGCCAGUGCAAAGAUGAAGUACCCCAUGCCUCUGUUAGAAGAUACCCUGGUAAAACUAGCAAGCGCCAAGUUUUUUACAAAAAUCGACAUCCGUCAAGCCUUCCAUAGGUUGCGAAUGGCCCUCGAAAGUAUGGAUCUGACGGCAUUUCGGUGCCGGCUGGGAACUUUCCGUUGGAAGGUGAUGCCCUUUGGGCUGACGAACGGCCCAGCAAUCUUUCAAUGCUUUAUCAACGACUGCCUGAGGGAUAUCCUGGACAUCUACUGCAGUUCGUACGCCGACGACAUCCUGAUCUAUUCAGAGUCGGCCGAGGAAAACGUGCGCCAGACCGAGGAAGUCAUUCGACGACUGGCAGCGGCAGGCCUACAGGGCGACAUCAAGAAGAGCUCCUUUGCGUCACCGAGGUGGAUUACCUCGGGCUGGUGA